AUGAAUGAGGAUCCCCAAGUAUGGACGGACGAUCAAUCUAACGCUUCGUCAGAUUGUAGCGAUAGUAGCUGUGACUCGCGAUCGCACGAAUGGACCCAACAUAUUGUGAACAAUUCGUUGUUUUUUGUAAAGUUUGAUCUUGUUUGCCACUCGAAGCCGGCUGUAUUUGACGACGAUUUGUUCUUCCGCAAUGAGUAUCGUCGUUUGUCCAUUCGAAAAAAGGAGAGCAUUCUUUCGCGGUUCGGUCAGAAAGACAAGGGCAAACAUAAACUCUUUCGAGUCAGCAUCAUCGACUCUUCAAAAAAAGAGCUAAUUAAUGGUGUGCAAAAAGACGUUAUAAUCAGCAUUGCGCCCAAGAAGAAUGUCCCCCUGAAAGAAGUGCUGCCUCUUACCGAAACCAUACUAGGGCUUAGCACAAGUUUGUUUCCUGAUGGUCGGAAGCUUAUGGUGGACAAAAUUAAAGAGUAUUCGGUGUUUGCCAAGAGCAAAAUGGUAAAGUCCAAAGACUGGAUAAAAUCUAUCGACGCUGAGCAGGUCACUGUGGACAAUUUUGAAUCCCUGCUGGAAGGAUCGACCAAGAUUCCAACAAUCGUAAAAAUAUCCUUUUUUGAAAUGAUUGAACCAGACAUCAGCAAUGCGAUUGAGAUAAAAAUUACGAAUUUCAUGGAUCUGAUUCAAAGCCAAGAAACGCUAUUCGACAAGGAAGAUAUACAAUCGAUGAGUAACAACGAUCUUAUUUUCAGCAUGAUCUACAUCUCGAAAGAAUACACGCAAAAUGACGAACUGGAUGUGAAGUUUUGUUAUCCUACGCGUGAAAACAACUAUCUAUUCAACUCGCGGGGUAGCUUUGUGACGUUACAUUCGAUUUUUAAUCAAUCGUUUAGCCAACAAUCGGUUAUGACUAAUUUGAAGAUCAAGAACGUGCUCUACUACACUACGUACACUGUGCUUGAUGAUGGAAUUUUGCUGCUCGGCUUCAAUUCGAAGUACUCUUCAGUGUUUGCGGUAAAACAGAAAAGUGAACAAAUAUGUCGGUUUUUGAAUGUUCUCUAUCAAAGCGGAACAAGCAUGUUCAACAAACCGAUCGAACAGCAAACGGAACUGAUGCAGUUAUGCGAGAUGAUUCGCCACUCGAUCAAAGCGAACAGAAAUUGCGAUAAGUUUGAGAAAACCUUCCCACAGGCUCAUUUUGUCCCACUGCCCAAAGAGAUCCAGCUUCGGAUUGAUGAUGCACUAGGCGAACUGGAAGCGAUGGACUAUCGUAAUUGGAAUGACGACUUUGUCGAUUUGUUUUGCCUGCUCACCGUGAUCGGAUGUGCGUUGUACUACAAGCAGCACCUGGUCUGUACGCACCUGAGCGGAGAGUACAUGAUGGAUGUGGAAGCGAUUCUCAAAAAUAUGGGUGUUUUCGAAAUUUUGAUGACGACCGAUGUGAAGAACAUGGCCAUCUGGAGAAAGCUGUAUCCCAAGCAGUAUUGCGAUGAUGGUUUUCACGAGAAAAAUGACGCCUAUCUUAUGCUUGUAUCGAUUGGAAACCUGCUAAUGGUCGUAGUGCUCGAAGUACCGAUAAAUACGACGCACAACAAAUCCUUUUCGCGGUACGUCGAUGAAAUUCAGGACAUGCUGAGCUAUUUCAAAUCGACUGGCAUUGAACACCUCAUUCGCAUCUGGAUUGACUCGAACAGGCGACCCCAAUGUAUUCCAACGAAUGUCAGCAAACAAUCAGGGGAACAAACGGCUCAUGAAGAUCGAUCGCAGGUGCGCAACCACGACGAAGAAUCGAACGCAUCUAGUUCGAUAAAAAAUCAAACCAUUCGGGAGGAACCGAAUCCGGAACACGAUGAUGAUGAGGAUUCCGAUUGGGGACAGAGCGUAGACAGCAGUCAACGAAGUAGCAGUUUUGAUAUCACGGAUCUAUCCGAGAACCGCUGCAAGGAAUUUUCUGAACUGGUUCCAACGCAACUUACUAGCGGAUUGGAUAACCUACUGUUUUACUAUGUUCAGCUUGAGGUGGGGGAUGGAUAUUUUCUUGCCCCUACAUGCAAUAGUACGAACGUGAAGAACGACAUCGUGAUGAAUCUGUUUCGUAAAACGUGCACACUGAUUCAUGCGACUUUUGAGAAUACGAAAAAGUUUCGUACGCUGCUUUCGCGUGAAUCGAGCAAAUUGAACACGCAGCGAUCGCUAGUGGCUAUCAAGGAGCAGGGAAUGUUGCUGUCCGUUCCCAAAGAGCAUGCGUCAGGAGAGCGUGUUGAAUUUUGGGUUAUCGGCCGUCUGUUUCAUAGUCCAGCAAAGGAAUUGUACGUUUGUCAUCGAGCGGAUGCUCCGCAGAACAUGGUUGAGUUGGCGUUUCGCAUUUGUCUGACCUGUGCUGGGUAG